AUGAUAACGGACAGUUUACCUACUACAGUUUUUUGUGAUUUUGCUGAGGCCUUAGAUUGGUUUGAUCAUGAAAUAAUGAUUACCAAACUAGAAAAUUAUGGCAUCCGAGGUGUUCCCUCAAAAAUGUUUGUAUCUUACGUUGAAUGUGGAAAAAAAUUGGUAGGAGCUAACAGUAAAGUUUCAAGUCAAUUGCCAGGAAGCAGUUGUAUGACACCCUGGAGUGGUCUAAAUAUACAAACCUUACAUUUUACCAUAGGCGAAGAUCUCAUUACUACUAAGUCUUGGUCUGACACCAACGGUCUCUGUUUAAACACUAAUAAAACUUUAGUUUCAUCUUAUAAAGGAGCUUCACUAGUUCUAAAAAUCAACAGUGACAUUAUCAUUUUAUUAUUUGUGGGAUAUUCCCAAGCUACAUUUCGGCUAUUUGGCAAAGAUAGUAUCGCAAGUAAAGCAGCAGAUUUUUUGGGCAUGAAUAACCUUAUUAGAGUAGAUGGAGAUGCCCGUGCCAAAGUUUUUGGUAACGAAGUAGGAGUAGAUGCCGCUGUUGGAAUAAGUAAAGACGAAGCUGGUGCACACGCAGGCGGUAACGCCGAUGUUUUAGGACAAAAACUUAAUUUACAUGCUGAUAUCCUCGACGGACAUGAAAUUAGUCAAAGAAUUCAUCAAGUAUAUAGAGACGACAAUGGUCGCCAGUACGUCCUUCAACCCGAUUAUAUUGGAUCAAAAAAAGUUUAUCGAAGAAAAUAUCUUGACGAUGGUGUCUAUUUGGACAAAGGAAAUGAUAAUGGUAGUAAUGGUGCCACCAAUCGAAUAGAUAAGGUAUCAAUAAAUAGUGACAAUCAACCCAAACUCUCUGCUGGUAAAGCAUCAGAAGUUUAUUUUACUGGAAAUAAUGGGAUUCCUAGCAAUCCUGUUGACGAUGAAUCGGUUGUUAUUAGAGGGGACGAUGAUACCGAAUAUUGGGUGAGAGGAAAUAAUGGUAAACUAAUUCGAACCCACGUUAACAAUGAUGAAGCGAUUCCACAACAGAAUGGAGAAUAUUACUAUCACUUUGAGUGA